AUGGUUGCGGAAGACUUUAUGCUAACUUUUAUCCGAAACGCAGGUUCCAUCAAAAACAAUGUCGUCGUCAAUGGCAAAGUGCCUUGGACGGAAGCCUUUGCCCGGGAUUUCUGGGGCACGCCGAUGUUGGACGUACAGUCACACAAGAGCUUCCGACCGCUAACGACUCUUUCGUUCAAACUCAACUGGAUUGCGGCAGAAUUCGGCACCGCCACCAAUAAUGUCACCGAAACCACAUCCGCUAUCGCCAAUUUGCAGCCUUCUACAUUCGGCUUUCACGUCGUCAACGUUCUUUUGCACGGUCUCGUGACGGCUCUCGUCACCGAGGCAUCCAAAUUUCUGUGGGACAACUGUAAAUCUGAGGGAUGUAUUGUUGGUCAACUCCUGACGGGAUUUCUGUUCGCCCUGCAUCCUGUGCAUGCCGAAGCCGUCAGCAACCUGACUAGUCGAGGUGAAUUGCUCAUGUCGGUCUUCUUCUUGCUGGCGUUUCUGUCGUUCGCCAAUUACAUUCAUGCUGGUUAUACGUGGAAACGCAUGUUCUUCGUGUACAUUGUUCCAUGGACUUGCAUGACGGCCUCGCUCUUUUCGAAAGAGCAAGGGGCGACAACGUUGAUUGCUUUGGUCAUCUAUGAGUUUGUCCAGUUCCACGGAUCCCUACACGAGUUUUGGAUUUCUCUUGUAAAGCGACGCGAGGCGACAGCCGUGGAGUUCUGUCAAAGAACAGCAGUCUUAGCGAUGCAGACAAUUGCAGUCUGUACAUGGCGGUAUUGGCUCAAUGGAGAAACGAGUCCAGAUUUUAUUCCCGAUCAGAACCCAGCAGCAUUUGCCAAAGAUCGUUUCACUCGAGUCUUUUCGGUCAGCUGGGUAUACUGCCUCUAUGUAAAAGAUGCACUGUAUCCGCGUCAUUUGUCUCCGGACUGGUCCGGUAUCAGUAUUGACCUCAUUGAGAGAUGGGAUGACCCGAGGGUUGCUGUUGUGCUUUUGCUUUGGACGUUUGCCGCCGCUCUCUUGGCCUCUUUGAUGUGGGAAAUGCCAAUCGGGACGCGAAAAGAGUAUCAAGGAUUCCGCAAAUCACUGCUUAUUGGUUUCUGGGGUUUUUUAUUCACACCUUUCUUCUUGUCAUCGAAUUUGUUGGUCGUUAUUGGGCUGAUGAAGGCUGAUCGCGUAAUUUAUUUGCCGCUAAUGGGGUUUUGUCUCCUGGAGGCACAACUAUUUACCAUGCUUUGUACUGCUGCUGACGAAGCUACAUCACAAACGACAAGACGAUCUCGGAUUGGGUACAUUCUUGUCAUGCUCCAGCUAUUCCUCUUUGCCUGCAAACUUCACGAACGCAAUCUUGCUUGGGAAAGCUCGCUGAGGCUCUGGAUGCUGGCCUACGAAACCAAUUCCAAAAGUCACCAUACCAUUUACAACUGUGGAUACGAGCUAUCGUUGCAAAAGCGAUACUCUGAGGCGGAAACUGUCUUGCGUCCAAUCGCCGAUCCACACGUCGACGGCCCGAGCAACACGUUCGUCUACGCAAUGACACUGUACAAUAUGGGGCGCUGUGAUAUUGCUGAACGGUACAUCGAUAAAGCCAUGGAAGUUUUGCGAGAAAAGCGAUCGGAAGGUGGAGUCCGCAAUCGUCCCAAGGCAUUGUCGAGAGUGGAGAGUAAUCUCCUAGUGGCCCGAUCGUUUUGCCAUAGUAAAGAUAGUAUACCAAUGGCGGGACAAAUCAUGUACGAAGCCGUAAAGACAGAUCCUACCAAUGAGUACGCGAUUCAACAAGCACAAGUCAUGAUGAAGCAAGUCGAAGCAUACCGAAAGUUAGAAGAGCACAAACAACGAAUAGGAUUGAAAUAUUAG